AUGUCUUCAGGAGAACAUUUAUGUUUAAAAUGGAACAAUUUUGAAAAUAACAUUUCAAGUUAUUUGGAUAUAUUAAGAAGUGAAAAUGAUUUCGUCGAUGUGACAAUAACUUGUGGUGAAAAAAAUUUCAAAGCUCAUAAAGUUAUUUUAAGCGCUUGCAGCCCUUAUUUUCGCGGAAUUUUCCAGGAAAAUCCCUGCAGUCAUCCGGUUAUAAUAUUAAAAAAUGUUAGUUCGAACGAAAUGGAAGCCAUCAUUCAAUACAUAUACACGGGAGAAACGUACAUAGCCAAAGACGAUUUAUUUUCUUUUUUAAACACGGCCAAUUUGCUACAAAUAAUCGGUUUGAUUAAUUACAAUUCGUCGUCGUCGUCGUCGUACGACGACGGAGGAGAUAAUAAUAAUCAAAAUGGAACUUACGGACUACAUCAUCAUCAUCAUCACUCAAACGAAUACAAUAAUAAUCAGGGUCAAAAAAUUAGAAUUCCCAACAGUAGCGGCAACAGCAGUGGCAGCAACAGCAGUGGCAGCACCACCGCGAAAACUGGUGGGAUCGUCGUUAAAAAAUUUGCACAUAAAACGGAUGAAUGCAACAAAACGAGAUCCCCCCCGAACGCGGACGGAAAUCCAUCGAAGAAAAAACACGGUGGCAGGGUUUCCGACGGGGACACACAACAAUCGGGAGAAAGUCCCCCCGUCGUCAAAUCCGCCGAAGAAAAUUGUCCGAUAUUGAGCAAGCAACUCCUACUCCCGAAAAAGAGAAAAUUAUCCGUCGUGGAUCAGAACAAGAACGAAUUCUACGACAAUUCCGAACUGAGCAACAGCAGCGAAGAUUUAAAAGACAGCGGUACGAUAUUGCGAAAUUGUUUGGAAAGCGAAAAGCAAGAAGGGGAAAAAGAAGCGGACGACGAAUGUCCGCCAUUGUCUAUUCCGACCGUGAUGAUAAAAAAAGAAACCGUGGAAAGUGACAACAACAACGUUUUGGAACCCGAAGUAGGUUUGUGCGUGAAAGAAGAACAAGAAUUUGAAUCCGCGAGCGAAGAAAGUUCACACAACGGAGACAUUUUGUUACAAAGGUUACAGGCUUCUCAAGAUAUCAAAGGUGAAGGAUACGUGACCGAUCACGGAGAAGAAAUUCUUUUAAAAGUGCCAAAGCCCGACGUGUCGAUAUUUUCAAAAAAAACGUGUAAAGGAGAUGGCGAUAUCGUCGUUGUCGGGGGAGGAGGAGUUGGAGGAGGAGGAGGAGGGAACAACAAUACCGGAAACGGCGGAAUCGAAUGUGAAAAUUUAACGUUGACGCCGAACGUUGAAAUAUUUUUACGAAACGCGAACAACAGCAGUGAUAAUCUAAUUAACAAAUUAACGAAAAUCAAUUUGUUCAAAGCGAAACAAAUGAAAAAAAUUAAAAAAUCCUGUGGCGUGACAACGGCGGUCAACAAAUCGGACGUCACGAUCGUUGCGACCGUACCGGGAACGUCGAAAUCCGGGAUGUGUGAUAAAAACGAUUUCGCGACGGGAUCGACGGGAACGGGAUCGGGAACGACGGGUACGACAGUGAGAAACGGAAUAGGAAACGAUUGUAAAACUUUACACUUGGCGAACCUGCCGUGUCCCCAUUGCAGGCAAGAGUACAAUAAUUUAUCCGCUCUCAAAUACCACGUCAGACUCAUGCACAGCGAUUUAGAAAACAAAUUAUUUUGCCAUUUGUGCCCGAUGAACUUUAUAGAAAGGGAAUAUUUCAAGAUACACUUGUGGGAAGCCCACAAUGCGAGAUUUUGA